AUGAUGCACUGCUCAUUGGUGGAUCGCGAGUAUAAGCGAUACAUUCUCAAGGAUAAUAGCGAUUUGUGCUACUUAAGGCAUGCAAGUGGUGUUGUUGUUGUAACAUUAAACAAGAAUCAUGAAGCUUUUGAGAAAGGCGUCAAAUCAGUAGAAUGGCAAACAAAAAACAGUAAGGGAGUCGAUCGAAGCAAAAACAAGGUUCGAGGAAGGUCGAAGAAGGGCGGGUUAAUUUUGCAUCCAGAUACGAAACUGUGUGCAAUACGUUGUAUUGACGAUUCAGUAUAUACAUUACGAGCUGGUAUACGAGCCUUAUUAAUCGAAGUGAAUGAUCGUUUAAGGCACACACCAAAUCUUAUUUGUAGUUCACCAGAAAAUCGUGGUUUUAUCGCAAUUCUUAUGCCACUUUCAAAUGAAAAAAACAGUGCGUUAAUUGAAUUGUAA